AGUAAGAGUUGGUUUCUGAGAAGCAGCAGAAGGAGGACGAUGCUUUAAAUCCAUCAGAGCAGAGAGGAGCUCCAGAGUCUCUUCGUCCAUCAGGAGGAAAACAUGAACGUCCAGCAGCUCCUCAUCUUCUGUUUAUCAGCAGCGAUACUGGACUCAAACCUCAGCGCUGCACAAAAAGUCUUCAUAAAACUGGAAGGAGAAGUUCUCAGAGAGCAGUUUAACUUUCCUGGAGUGCUUCAGGGGAGCAAGAAGUUUCUGUGCAGGAAUGAGUGUAACCCUGGAGACGUCCUGAUAGAGACUGAAGGAAACCGAGCAGUGAGCGACAGAUUCACCAUCAGAUACGACCAGAGCCAAGGGAAACUCCACGUGGUCGUUACAGGGCUGAGGAAGGAGGACACCGGGAGAUAUAGAGUUGGUAUCAAAGGAUCUUUGUCCUCUCAGAGCUUCCAGGAGCUUAUACUUCGAGUCAAAGAUCUGUGUGAUGGAGGCGUCGACUCUGCAGAGCCCAGAGUCUACAGAACCACUGAAGGAGGAGAAAUCACCGUCAGAUGCUCGCUGUUUGUACAACAGCAAAACAGGAAGUUCCUCUGCAGGGACGACUGUAAGAACUUCCUCUUCGACACCAACGACCCCAAAGCCUCCAGCGACAGAUACAGCAUCGAGUUUGGGGACCAGUCGUACUUUAAUGUGACCAUUGGACAGGUCAGUGGGUCAGACUCGGGAACGUACAGGUGUGGAGUCGGACGACGGCAAGACAACAAUGCCUGUCGGCAGUUUGAGAUCAUAGUUGCAGGCGCAGGUAAAAGGGUGCCUCUGGUUGUUGCCUCUGUGUCUGUGGUUGUCGUGCUGUUGGUUGUUUCUCUGCUGCUUGUCUACAGAUGGAAAAAGAAACACAACGCCACCGAGUACAUGAACACCGGCAGGAACGCCAGAAACACCGAGGUCGAAACCUACGACGACUGCGACGGCGGUUUAAGACUGGAUGCUUCGACCUACCAGGAGCUGGAUGUGCAGAGGAUGGAGGAGAAUCUGUACUCGUCACUGGAGAUUCUGCCAAACUCGCACCGAUAAUCAGUAGAUGAUCAAUAGGUGUCUCGUGACGUCAGGUAUCGGUGGGCGGGGCUUAGAGAGAAAGAAGUACGGCAGCCCUGAGAGCUCAAUCUACCUGCUGCACCUUGAAGGAGUGUUCGUGAAAGCUUCAUUGAAUAAAUAAUGUUCAUUUCUUCGCACCUUUUCGUGUCAUUUUUGCACCAUUUAGUGUCAUUUUUGCAGCUUUUAGUGCCAUUUGUUGAAUCUUUUAGUGUCAUUUUUGCAUCUUUUUGUGUCAUUUUGCAUUUUUUAGUGCCAUUUUUGCAUCUUUCAGUGUGACUUUUGCAUCUUUACAUGUAAAUUUGCAUCUUUUUGUGUAGUUUAUGUAUCUUUUAGUGGCAUUUCUGCAUCUUUUCAUGUAAAUUUAGCAUUUGUCAGUUUCAUUUUUUGCAUCUUUUUCUGUAAUUUAUGCAUCUUUUAGUGCAAUUUUUCUGUAUUUUAAUACCAAAUAUAAAUUAACUAAAAUAUAAUUGUUUUACAAAUAUUUUCCAUUAUUUGAAAUAAAGAUAUGAAUAAUAAGGAAAAGAGAAAAAUAAUAAGUAACUUUUCCACUCUUUUUCUUUUUCACUAAUUGUAUCUGUUUUGUGUCUUUGGUUGAUGACCAUAAAAUCUACAAACAGAAUGAGCGCUUUGUGGAAUGUUUGACUGUUUCUUUAGUUUUCAGUCUGCAUUAAUCAGCUUAAAUAAACCUGAAAGCCUUCA